AUGGAGAUUGUGACUUGCCAGUUGCCAGAGCUGCCUCAAGAUGUCUUGAUUGAUAUAUUUUCCCGCCUCGAGACCCCUGAUUGCGUGCGUGCGGGCUCUGUGCACCCUUCCUGGCGUUCGGCCUACACCAGCCUACUCAGCCUUGUGAAGUACAAACAGUCCAAGACGCCGUGCUUGUUCUACACUUCUGAAUAUGCUGGGGGGAAUGCUGUAUGCCUCUACAGUCUCAUGGAGAAGAGGGUUUACAAGCUGACUCGGACAGAGACACUCCUCUGCAGUAGGUAUCUGAUUGGAUCAUCCCAGGGCUUGCUAGUUACAGUUGAUGAGAGAUCUGAGAUGCAACUCGUCCAUCCAAUUACUUGUGAGCAGAUUGACCUCCCUUCGGUGACCACCAUAGAACAAGUGAAACCCAUCUAUGAUGACUCUGGUGCUGUCCACAUGUAUGAAUACUCACUGCACACUGCACAAAAGGUUUUCUGCCCCCCAGAAAUUGUUGCUCUUGAUGAGCUACGGAAGUUUUUUCAACACAAGGCUUUUGUGCUUUCUGAUACAUCCACUAAAAGCUUAAUUGUGGUGCUCAUCCACAAUCCUCAUCGCCAGCUCUCAUUUGCAAGGAUCGGGGAUGUUAGUUGGACCUGGCUGCCGCCGCAUGCCUUCUUUGAUGACUGCACCUACAAGGAUGGACUAUUGUAUGCCGUGAACACAGAUGGAGAAAUUCAUGCAUUCGAUCUCACUGGCCCUAAGGUGACAUGCAAGAUGAUUUUGGGGAAGUCCGAGGUUGUAAAGUGUAGCAGCAUGUACAUUGUACAAGCUCCAUGGGGUGAUCUUCUGCAAAUUUGGAGAUCAUUUACAGACUAUGAGUUAGAACCUCAGCCUGGAGCAUUUGAAUAUUGGAACACUGGCAGAAUUAGGAUAUAUAAAGUUGACAGUGCAGGGAAAAGACGUGAAAAAGUCAAGUGCUUGGGUGACCAUGUGUUGUUUCUUGGGCAUAACAAAUCUCUUUGUCUCAGUGCCAAAGAAUGUCCUGGUCUCAAGGCAAAUCAUGUGUACUUUACUGACGAUAGUUUUUUAUGGAAAAAGGGAUUUAAGAAUAAUCGCCGCGAUAUUGGAAUUCUCAACUUGUUUGAUAACAGCAGGGAGGAAAUCGUGUCACCGCAGCUUUGGUCUGACUAUCCAGCUCCAACGUGGAUUACACUUGAUCUUAGAAAGAUGAAGGUGGUUUUAAAUCAACUUUAAGUUUUUCUAUAUUCAGUGAUGUACGUCAGA